UCUCUCUCCCUUUUGCUCACUUGCUCUCUUACUCUCCACAUAUGUGGUACUUUCCACGACAGGCUUCCUCUCUUUCAUACUACCAGCUUUAAAAAAAUAACUGUCCAAAUCCUGUGUUUUCUUUUAAGACGUGGAUCAAAUCAUAGCUGCAUUCUUUCUUCCCAGCCAAGUGGACUGAAAUUCAAGGCUUUGAAAGAUCAAAGUGAGCUCUUAAGAAACAGAAAAACAGGGCAAAAGCAAGUGCCCAAUCUGCUGACUUUAUUUUGUUGACCCUUCCAACCUUUUUUGUGACAAUAUGGAGCUUGAAAAACUGUCUCCCUCUGAAUCACUAGACAUGAUGGCCAACGGGAAUCACAUGAGUGAUCUAAGUCCAGAAAAAAUUACACUGGAAGAUGGGUAUGAAGGCCCUGGAGCAGAAGAAGCAGAAUGUGAAGAAUUUAUCCCCCAUAAGACUACUACUAAGAAGCAGCCACAGUUUACAGAUUUUGAAGGGAAGACCUCCUUUGGAAUGUCUGUAUUCAACCUCAGCAAUGCUAUUAUGGGAAGUGGAAUAUUGGGAUUGGCAUAUGCCAUGUCAAACACCGGAAUUGUCCUUUUUAUAAUCCUCUUAGUAUGUAUUGCCAUUCUCUCUGCAUAUUCCAUCCAUCUGCUGCUGAAAUCUGCUGGAGUUGUGGGAAUACGUGCAUAUGAGCAGCUCGGCUACCGGGCAUUUGGGCCUCCAGGGAAAGUGUUGGCUGCCAUUAUUAUCACUAUGCAUAACAUUGGAGCCAUGUCAAGCUACCUCUUCAUUGUAAAAUAUGAACUUCCUCUAGUGAUUAUGUCCUUUUUGGGCAAAACCGAAUCUAAAGGGGAAUGGUUUCUAAAUGGAAACUACCUGAUCAUCUUGGUCAGUAUUCUAGUGAUCCUUCCCUUGGCUUUAAUGAAGCAACUUGGGUAUUUAGGGUAUACCAGUGGAUUUUCACUGACUUGCAUGGUAUUUUUCCUUAUAUCGGUAAUUUAUAAGAAAUACAGCAUUCCCUGCCCUCUGCCUUUUUCUAACAUCACAAGCCAUAACUGGACUACCAACAGCAGUCAUCACUUUGAUCCUCAUAAUGAAGACACAUGUCAAGGAAAACUAUUCACUAUCAACUCUCAGACCGCCUACACUAUCCCUAUUCUGGCAUUUGCCUUUGUGUGCCACCCAGAAGUACUACCCAUUUACACAGAGCUGCGGAGUGCCACCAAGAAGCGGAUGCAAAAUGUUGCCAACAUCUCCAUCAUGGCCAUGUUUAUUAUGUAUCUUCUAACUGCUAUUUUUGGCUACUUAACAUUUUAUGGCAAUGUGGAGGCAGAACUCCUUCAUACCUACAGCAAGGUCAACCCUCUGGAUAAACUGAUCCUUUGUGUUCGUCUGGCUGUCCUCGUUGCCGUUACCCUUACUGUCCCUGUUGUACUUUUCCCGAUUCGUCGAGCUGUACAGCAAUUGCUUUUUCCUGGAAAGGAGUUCCACUGGGUGCGACAUGUAACCAUUGCCAUCUGUUUGCUUUUUGUUGUCAACCUACUGGUCAUCUUCGUUCCCAAUAUUCGAGACAUUUUUGGAAUAAUUGGUGCCACAUCAGCUCCAAGUCUCAUCUUCAUCCUCCCUGGUAUCUUCUAUAUACGGAUUGUUCCCACAGAGAGAGAACCAAUGAAUUCAAGAUCUAAAAUCCAGGCUGCCUGCUUUGCUACAGUUGGAUUCAUCUUCAUGAUUAUGAGUCUAUCCUUCAUCAUUGCGGACUGGGCCAAAGGAGGAGGAAACAGUGUAGGAGGACACUAACAGGAUCUGAAGAAAAACAAAUAAACCAAAAAUAUGGCACAGUAAAAAAAAAUACAAAAAACAAAACCAAGACAAACCCCGUCCCUUUUUAGCCUUCUUCCUACAGACACGGUUGAACAGGCUGACUCAAUGGUGGCUGGAUACCUGAUUACUUCAUCCCAUCAGGACUCAUUGCUGGAAAAGACCUUUUAUUAGCAUCUGGUAGAAUGCUGAUGCUAAUGUUAUUUCUUUUGGUUUAUAAUUAAUUACAAAAAAGAAAAACAAUUCAGAUUUUAUCAGUAUUUUAAAAAAUGGAAGAAAUGGACAUAUGGACACGGAAGAAAAGUGUGGCUUCUGGAACUCAGAUGUCACAACGUUUGUAUGUUUUCUUUGGAGAACAAGUGAGCAGUUUUCCAGUACCUCAUACUCUACAGCAGUCGUAGCUGGAGGGUUAUAUUUUAUUACCUCAUUUCACCUUUUUGAGUGAUAAAAAAUGGUGGGAGGAAAGACAAUACCAUCAAAAGCAGACAAACUUAAAUUAUGUCACUUUUCUUCAUCUUCUCACUCCCUCAUCUUAACACGUGACACUUGGUUCUGGGCCUGCUGAUAGCAUUAUUGUGACAUUCAUUAUUAUGCAAGAAAACAUAACAGCAUGGUGUUCAUCUAAACUAUGAAGAAGAUGGAAAAAUUUGUGGAAAGUUUAUUCAAGUCAACCCGUGACUCCUUAAAUGCUCCUUUACUCCAGAUUUAAGUCAACUUUUGUAUCCUAUUUUUACAAAAUGCAUAUAAUCACACUUCACUACAAAGUCCUCACAGUUAAUAAAUUAUUAGUUCCAGAGCAUGCAUAACUAGAUGAUCAAAGCAACGGUUCAGAAAGAGCCACCAUAAGGUCCACAUGCAGGAAAGAUUAUGUGGGCUGUGCCAAAAGUCCAGAUGUUGAAGAAAACAACAGGACCUAUGAAAAAGUCUAAAGCCUAGAUGAUUUCAAAAUUUUUGUACUAGUGAAAGAAGUAGUUAGAAAUAUAAAGAAUGAUUGAGUGGUGUAGGAAUCAAUUGCAAUUAUUUUAAAUCAAUUUACCAUAAAAUGUGUGCAACAUUUCCCAAAAAUGAAGAUGAUGGCCCCAAUACAUUUUGAGUUAGGGUUUCAGAUGAAUUGCUGAGUGAUGUAAAGUGGAGCCUUCUAGCACCACUUCUCAUCACCAAGUGCUAUGGCUGGACUCAUCCACAAUGGAUAGGGAUGUGUUGUGUGGCUUCAUUUCUUAAAAGACACAGAACAUUCUUAAUCAUGAGGAACACCAACGAUCAUCAGGUAUAUCCACUUUCCCAAGACAAUGAAAGUAAAUUUUCCUCAGGUGCUGUGCUAGAACAGAAGGAACAUUUAUCAAGAUGGAAAUCUCCAAAAUAUUACUGUUAAUGCCUCAAUUCUGUCUAAAUAUAUAACAAAAUAUCAAAAUGCCCCUUACCCUGCAGGCCUUGAAUGAAUGCUGAUGAACAUGCCAGAGAACAUAUUAAGAGGACCCAAUGCAAAGCACAUCAAGACAGCAACAGACUAUUUGAGAAAAUGAAAAUCAUGUAAAAACAACAAGGGUCAUGGCAAGUGUAGAAGUCAACAUGACGCUGGGCUAAAUUUAAAUUGUAUAUAGUAAUGUUUUAUGCUUUGUAUUCACAUACAAAGCCAAAUAUAAUUAUAUAAUUGGGUGUUCAUCCUGUUCAUCCUGCUCUCUAGCAAGGCACCAUGUUAAGAACAAAAAAUCAAAUGAUUUGGUAUACCAGUCCUUAUUUAUUUCUUAUGUCUUCUAUAUAAUAGGCAGCUGGCCUCAUAUAAAAGAAAAUCGUUUACUCAACUGAUCUGGUUCAUGCCUACACUUUUGUCAAGCUGUUAACUAGCAAAAGGCUUAACUUAUCAUAUUUCAAACUGGCACAUUUCAGUAGACUUAGUAGACUUGGACUCUCUUACAUGAGAGGUUUGGUCUUUGAGUUGUCCUUAAUUCAACACAGCCUUGUGCGUACGUUGGCAUCUUACAUUCACUCAAAAUGUAAAAAAAAAAAAACUGUACCAAAGACAUUAAACCAAUUACGAAUGUUGGCCAAACAAGGCACUUAUGUAGCAUUUUUUGGACUGUUAUUGAAUCACAAAUGUCAACGGGGACCAGUCAGUAUUACCGUGUGCUACAUCAAAAUCUGCUAGGAUCUGCGGGAAAGUUCAGAUCAGAUUCUGUUGAUUCUUAGAUUAGAACUCAAGCGGAGAAAUCGAUCUGAUAACAUGCAGAUGUUUUAUGCUCCUGGUCACCGAAAACCAUUGGUCAAACAAAGCAAUGAAAUUUUAACUAUAUAUGUAUAUAUAUAUUUUGACUUGUCUAUUAUUUGGGGUCAUUAAAGCUGUCUAAUUUUAAACUGUUGU